UUCUCAGACUACACAACAGCCAUUAAUUUAUAGCUGCAUUUGUAUUCAUUGAAUCAUUCUUUUCUGGAAAUAUCUCAUACAGUAGAAAUGGGAAAUUCUGAUGGAAUUAGAGUUAGGAAAUACCGGAAAUCUUCCGUUCCACGUUUGCGAUGGACGUCUGAUCUUCAUCAACACUUUGCUGAAGCAGUUGAGCAUCUUGGUGGGAAAUACAAGGCAACUCCAAAGCGGAUUCUGCAAAGGAUGGAUGUCAAAGAACUAAAUAUUGCUCAUAUCAAAAGCCAUCUCCAGAUGUACAGAAGCACGAAAAAAUGCGGCAGUAUAAACGUCUUUGUACCCAUCAAGAAAUAUCAAGAAGGAGAACGAGAAUACAAUAUUUUUGGGUGCCCUCUAAGACUAUCUCCAACUGCGCACCAAAAUUUGAGACAAGUUUCCGAAGAAUUAGGAGAACAACCAAGUAAGAGGAAUCAAGUUAAAGGCUGUGAAGGAAAAAGUAGGAGUUUCCAAAGCAGAAAACAUAUGCUUAACCACAAGAACCAGGACUCGGGAAAAAGCACAACAAGUGAUGAAUUGAAUAAGGAAGAUCAAGAUGGUGAUGUUCAAAUUGAAAAUUUUAGCUUGACACAAGAAGCUAUUUUACAUGAAAAAACCUUUCUACCCAAUUAUCAAAUUAACCUUGAAUUGACUAUCUCAUCAGGUGUCUCAAACUAAUACUUAUGCCCUAUGAUUUGUCAUAGCAGUCUGUAUAUGUAGGCACUUCAAAUUUUAUAUUAAUGUCGUCACCGAAUAUAUGAAAAGUUUUGUCUCGUGUAUCUUGUUCUUUAA